ACAGCCUAAAGAAAAAGGCUAAACUGUUAAGAACGGGACUGUCAUAUAUUCAGAGGCGCACCGGGAGUUUAGUUGGUUAAGUUGGAAACUAUUGGAAAUAAUAAUAAUCACAAGUGAUCUAUUAGUGGUAACACUGGUAGUGUUUUUAUAAACAUCUGUGUAUAGUAUAACCAUCAUCAAACCAACCCAACCAACAAUGUCCAACAUUUGUCUAAAGUGUAACCGAGCUGUCUAUGCGGCCGAGGAGAUGCUGGCCGGUGGUCUCAAAUGGCAUAAGGUAUGCUUCAAGUGCAACCUGUGCAACAAACGCCUGGACUCGGUCAACGUCAACGCUCACGAUCAGGCACUAUACUGUAAACAGUGUUACGCCCGCAAGUUUGGACCCAAAGGUUACGGUUUUGGUGGCGGUGCCGGAGCCCUGAGCAUGGAUAUGGGCGAACAUCUCGGUAACAGGGCCUGCGAAAUGGACAACAAACCUAAGGGUGUUAAUGCUUAAAAAAACAAACAAACUGUCGGGUUGUCCUGUUGCUGCCCAUACAGCUUUUAACCCGAUGCACAUACAUACAACUAAGCAGCCCCUUAUCUAUCUAUCUAUCUAUCUAUCUAUUUAUUAUUAUUAUAUCUAAUUAUUAAUUAAUUAUAAUUAUAAUUAUUAAAAUAAUUAUGUUUUUAAAAACAAAAUGUUAUAUAAAACUAUUAUGUUUAACACACAUACACCUACACACACACACACACAUACAUAUAUACAAACACAUUUACACACUCAAUAUGUAUACAAUACGCAUACAAACCAAUAAAAAAUACAUUUAUAAUUUAAAAAUAAUUAAUUAUAAUUUUAAU